AGGGGCAGUUCUGUGGGAUGGUGCCGUUGCUGUUCGGGUGAUCAACGAGGAGUGAAGACGAGCUGCUGGAGGGACUAAGGCACAGAGGAGGGGAGCCCCCAACCCGGUCGCUGAGCAGCUUCUGGGUUUUGUCCUGAUGGUGCGUUCGGUGAGGCAGCAGCUUGGCAGAACGGCACUGGUGAACGAGUGGCACCACCACAGGUGUGAAGGUCUCUGAAACUCAGCUCCCUCCUGAGAGUGAUCUGAUGAAUCAUAAUGGCAACGGAAGUGAACAACAUUCAGAGGAGUUAUUCCAUUAUUCCAUGCUUCAUAUUUGUAGAGCUUGUCAUAAUGGCUGGGACUGUGCUGCUCGCCUAUUACUUUGAGUGUACAGACACCUUCGAGGUGCAUAUCCAGGGGUUCUUCUGCCAAGACGGUGACUUAAUGAAGCCGUACCCAGGACCAGAAGAAGACAGCUUCAUUUCCCCGCUCGUCCUGUACUGUGUGCUGGCCGCAACUCCAACCAUCAUUAUUUUCAUUGGUGAGAUAUCGAUGUAUUUUAUAAAAUCAACAAGAGAGAGCCUCCUCAAUCAGGAGAAGACCAUCAUAACAGGAGAGUGCUGUUAUUUGAGUCCUCUUUUCCGGAGAAUAAUAAGGUUUAUAGGUGUGUUUGCCUUUGGACUGUUUGCUACGGAUAUAUUUGUAAACGCAGGCCAAGUGGUCACGGGGAGCCUAACCCCAUACUUUAUAACCGUUUGCAAACCCAAUUACACAGGAGCUGAUUGCCGUUCCCAUUCCCGAUUCAUAACCAACGAACGCAUCUGCACUGGCAACCCCGAAGUCAUUGCAAACGCACGAAGGUCCUUUCCAUCGAAGGAUGCAUCUUUGAGCAUCUACUGUGCCUUGUAUGCCACGAUGUACAUCACAAGCACAAUAAAGACCAAAAGCAGCAGGUUAGCCAAACCCGUGUUGUGCUUGGGGGCUCUCUGUGCUGCUUUUUUAACAGGAUUGAACCGAGUCUCUGAGUACCGCAAUCACUGCUCUGAUGUGAUUGCAGGCUUUGUACUGGGCAGCACAGUAGCUUUGUUUUUGGGAAUAUGUGUUGUUCACAACUUCAAAGGAAUACAGGCCAUGUCAGUUAAACGAAAGCCUGAGGAUUCACAUGGUGUGCCAUUAAUGACGUUCCCUCGGGUGGAAAGCCCACUUGAAACAUUGAGUGCACAGGUGAUUAGGUCGCAGAGAUGAUUCACAUGGGUACUUUCAUCUCCCAAUGAAAGCGGGGGGAGCAACCACUCUGCUUCAAUGACAGAAGUGACUUGAAGAGAAAACCUUUCCUUUCCAUCUAAAAUUAACAAAAAAAAACAAAUUGGUACUUUUUUUUAUAAUAAGUGUUAAACUGUGGAAAGUGCAACACAGGAAUAUGUCUAGUUAGUAUCAGAUGUUUUGUACAUUUUGUAUGACAAAAGUGUUGUAGCUUACCUUGACUUUUUUGCCUGUUUCAGUAUCGCUCUCUUUUCAGAAUUAAAGCAUUCCAUGUAACCGUUUCUAAUUUCUUAUGUAAAGUCAGGUGGUGUUAUGUGGUAUUUGUACAAUAAAAUGUGUGGUCUGGUU